AUGUCCUGGCAUUUCUACUUUAUGAUGGACUUCAUCGAUCCGAACGACGGCCGAGACCUGUGCCCGGAGUCGGAGCUGGUUUUCGGCAGCAUGGUCUGCGUGACUGAGUACUGGUUUGUGGUACUAGUGACGACAGUGCUUGGCUGCUUUUUUGCUGCACUGGCGACAUUCGUGCCGUGCCCGCUCUUCAACUCGAGGAAAGCCUUCCAAGACAUGAUAUCCACGAUGGGCACCGUUAGCAAGAUCUGGGAGGAGGCAGUGGAGUACAUCUGCGGCACCAGUCGAACGGCCAAGCGAUUUCAUCUUGAGGCUAAGAUCGAUGCCAUCAGCCAGAUGAACCUGAACGUCGCCGCCAACCUUAAGUCGGCCUGGUGGGAGUCGGCCUUGUUGGCCAGAUUCGAACCCCGGCGUCAGAUCAUGAUGCAGUUUCAGAGCAACAUCGCGGACAUUGUGGACAUUCUGCCGGCUGUGAAGUCCUGCGUGCUCAAUGAAGAUUUCACUGGGAAGCAUGAGGAGUUCGUCCGACCUCUCCACCCGCAGCUGCAGGCCAUGGUUCAAGAGGCCACGGCUCUCACGGAACUUUGCCUUAGUGCGACCUAUGAGAAGCAGAUCAAUGCAGUUAUGAAGUCGGCGAUCCUCCAGUCAAAAGAUCACAUACGGAAGCUGCAGCGGAAGCUGGUUUUCGACUACAAAAACUACUGCCCCAAGCCUUCCGACGACCUGGCUGAUGAGACGAUCAUGGUCUUCUCCGUGUCUUUCACAGCGCGCAAAGCCGCAGACCUGGCUCAGCGUGUUAUCGAGUGGAAUGAGGAGGACACGAAGUGGCGCUGCUGGCGUGGUGACAAUGUCUUGCUGUUGGUGAAGGGAGGCUGGGAGGGGCUCCGGAACACAUGGGCGCCCGGUAAGACUUUCAGCCCGGACCAUCUCGCCUUUGCAGCCCGCAAUUUUGUGGGCAUCACCAUUGUGUUCUUCUUGGCUAUCAGGAUGAAUGGCUACGUUUUCAAGAGCUACGAUCCGACAAUGCCGGCCACUCUGGCAUUGCUCAUAUCCCAAUACCAGAGCACGGCAUUUACGAACAACCUCCAUCGAUUGCUGGGUGUCCUGUUGGGCAAGGUGCUGCCCUUGCUGAUCCUCUCUGGGCUUUCGAUUUUCGACUGUGGGUCAAAGAUGCGCUCGGCGGCUGCCUUUUUGGCCAUCUGGCUCUAUGUCUGGGUGUUCAUGUACAUGUAUUUCACGUCACAAACAUGGAGUCUGGUGGGCUGCUUGAUUGCGGGCUUCGGCGUUUAUCCGCUGCUCACGACUUGCUCUGCCGGCUUGAACACAAAUCUUUUCAACAUGCGAUACUGCGAGCUCGGGCAGAUCACCAUGGCCUUGGCAGUGCAGCUGCUCGUGGACAGUCUGCUCAAGCGAGAGGGCCCAGAAGCUGCAGCCAUCGGGCAACUCGGAAUGCUCCUGGACCGGAUUUUCCUCGGCUACACCCCGCAAGGGGGUGGGGAGAAAAGGAAAUCCGGCUUACAAGCGGUCCUGGGGAACGACCUUGAAGCUUUGCAGAAGGCUUUAAACGAGGCGGAUACCUGCAUGGCCCGGGCUCGGUCUUUAGUGACCGAGGCCGAUCCGAAGUCGCGAAUCGCGGCGGGCCCCCAAACGCCUUUCAAGAUCGCGCUCUACCGCGACUCGCUGGACAUCCUGCAGAACUGCAUGAACAACCUGACCCUGUUCCUGAUGGCUUCGAAGACCUGGGCAGAGAAUGAGUCCGUGCGCGACAUCGAAGAUGAGGCCGAGAACCCAAGCAUGGCGAUGGACUCAGCCGCCGAGCUGAAAAGCGGGGGGAGUAUCCCUCCUCUGCGGGACCUCCUUCCGUCCUAG